AUGCAAAUGCAGAAAAUAGAACAAAAAUCAAUCGUAACACAUCGAAAAGUAGACAACAUUAAUCAUAUGUUCUUUCUGCCGCUUCCUACCGCCAAACGAAAACAAAAAGUUUUUUUUAUUGCUCUUCUCAUAAUGAGUUUACCACGAUUAUCAACAUCAAUUAAGUUUAAGACUCUUAAGCCUACGACACAAGAACUGCGACAUGCCCUAAAUAAAACUUCUUUACUUAAAAUGGACGUAGAUGCAUAA